UGGAGAAAUCAGAUCCUUAGGACAAAAGAUAUCAUUCAACUUUUAAUUGCAGACGAUGCCAAAGUAGUAUACCAUUUUUAGCUUUCUUUUUCCUCCUCCUUCUGCACGAGAUUUUAAAGAACACUUUUUAAACUCAUAUACAGCUGUGUUAAAAAAGCACUUUUCACCUUUCUGUAAGGACUAUAUAUGCACACUUUGCAUUCCUUUUCUAUUCCUAGUUCCUUUAUAUAAUCCAAAGUUUUGCAGGUUCUGUUUAGAAAGAAAAAGAAUGGAGAUGAAACGGAAAAGGGGACGAGCAAGGAAGAAGCCUUUGGUUAAUUCAGAAAAGGAAGAAAAACUCAUCACUUGCUCCUCCAGUCACCGCCGGCAGCCUGAGUUCUUCACCCUAUUCCAUUCUGAUUGGAGCUCUCGACAACUUAAAUUACCAAAGAACUUCACCAGGGAAUUUGGGGAGAGCAUCAAAGAAACAAGCACAAUUAAAGACUUGACUGGGAAAGCUUGGCUUGUAUCUGUGGAAAAGACUGAAGAUGGAGUAUUUUUCAUUGGAGAAGGAUGGGAAGAUUUCAUCAACUAUCACUCUCUGCAAGAUGGCUACUUCUUGAUUUUCAUAUAUGAUGAAGGGGACUCUUCAUUCACUGUCAAAAUAUUCAGCACAACUGCUUGCAAGAAAUCAGUGCCAAUGGCUAUAGUACAAAUUAAAGGAAGAGACCAUUUGAAAUAUAAGUAUUAAUUACUAGUAGUAGUUAUUGUUGUAAACUUAGACAUUGUAUCUUUAAUCUCUUUUUGGUUUUAAGCAUUAUCAACAAAGAACGUAUCUAAAUACUGACUCAAUUUAAUUCGUUA